CUUCCUUUUCCUGUCACAGGGUGUCUCCGCUCGCUGUUGGGCUCCAGUCAGAUCUGCGCUGAGUGUGGCAGCCCCCGUGUGCGGUUUAUUUACUCGUUUGGUUCGAGUCUCGGGAGCGGCAGGAUCAUGGACUUCAACGUAAAGAAGUUUGCGGCGGAUGCUGGAACUUUCCUCAGCCGGGCGGUGCAGUUCACAGAAGAGAAGCUGGGCCAAGCCGAGAAGACCGAGCUGGAUGCUCACCUAGAGAACCUUCUCGGCAAAGCGGACAGCACAAAACUCUGGACCGAGAGGAUCAUGAAGCAAACCGAGGUCUUACUGCAACCCAAUCCAAAUACCCGGAUAGAAGAGUUUGUAUAUGAGAAGCUUGACAGAAAAGCACCAAGUCGCUUGAAUAACCAAGAGCAGCUGGCUCAGUACAUGAUCGAUGCCGGAAAUGAGUUUGGACCGGGAGCAGCGUACGGAAACGCUCUCAUUAAAUGCGGGGAAACCCAGAGGAGAAUAGGUGGAGCUCACAGAGAACUUGUACAGACGUCGGCAAUAAACUUCCUGACUCCAUUAAGAAAUUUUAUAGAAGGAGACUAUAAAACUAUGGCUAAAGAGAAGAAACUCUUGCAGAAUAAAAGGCUGGAUUUGGAUGCAGCAAAGGCUCGUCUGAAAAAAGCCAGGGUAACCGAAGCCAGAGCAGCAGCUGAACAGGAUCUCCGAAUUACACAAAGUGAGUUUGACCGCCAAGCUGAGAUUACCAGACUUCUGUUAGAAGGAAUAAGUAGUACACAUGCACAUCAUCUCCGCUGUCUGAACGACUUUGUAGAAGCCCAGAUGACUUAUUUUGCACAGUGUUAUCAAUAUAUGAUGGAUCUUCAGAAGCAGCUUGGCAGCUUCCCGUCGACGUUCGCGUCCAACAAUAAUCAGUCUUCCUUAACGCCUAUGCAAAGUGUUUCUCUUCCUUCAAUCUCUGCCUCCGCUCCAUUACCUGCUGCAAGUAAUUCUGUAGUUACUUCAGGCUUCACUGAAUUGAAAGCAUCAAAUGGCAACAGAAAGGCCAGAGUCCUGUAUGAUUAUGAUGCCGCAAACAGCAGUGAAUUAUCUCUCCUUGCAGAUGAGGUCAUAGCCGUUUACAGUUUGCCUGGAAUGGAUUCUGAUUGGCUAAUGGGGGAGAGAGGAAAUCAAAAAGGAAAAGUGCCAAUUACAUACCUUGAGCUCAUUAACUAAUUGACUGAUCUUCCCCUAAAGUGCCGAUAUUUCAACAAAAUAAUAUUUAUACACAAUUAACUUGAUAUAAAACAGAUAUAAAGUC